UAGGUGUCAGCAGCAGAAACAUGAGGGCGCAGAGCCUCCUCCUCUUGGUGGCCCUCCUGGCUUUGGGGAGCCAGCUGCCUGCUGCCUUGGGCAGGAGGAAGGGAGAGAAAUCUGGGGGCUGCCCACCGGACGAUAGGCCCUGCCUCCUCUCUGUGCCUGACCAGUGUGUGGACGACAGCCAGUGUCCCUUAAGGAUGAAGUGCUGCCACCAAGCUUGCUUCCGCCAGUGCAUCCGGAAGGUCUCACUAAAGAAGGGCGGCUGCCCCGAGGACCGAACGCGCUGCCUCGGCCCCGUGCAGCACCUGUGCUCCAAGGACUCAGACUGCCAGGGCCUCAAGCGAUGCUGCCUUGGCGCCUGUGGCCGGGACUGCCGAAACCCUGUCAGAGGUAUGGCUCCUCACAACGACCCCAAACGUAUGUUCUAG